UUAGUAUCAAUAUACAUAAUAAUAAUAAAUAUACAUUUUGUAUACAGUCAUAAAGUAUAGACAGUAUUAAUUUGAAUAACUAUAAGCAAUAGCAUUAAUACCUAACACAGUAACAUAAUAAUGGCGACAUUUUCAAACAAGGUGUUUUACUUUAUUUUUAUUGGAGUACAUGUUAUAAAUGUUAUGUCUUUCAAUCCAAUGUUAACAUACAGUGUACGAUAUAAAAAAUUAGAUGCAAAACCUAACAUAACUAUUCAUCAUUAUUCGAUCGAUCAAUACAAAGAUGUACAGUUUAUAAAUGGAAAAAUUUCAAUCAAUUCGAAAGAAUUGAUCAACAAUGUGAAUGCAGUAUUUUAUCGUUGUGAUUCAGAUGGUAUUAACUGUGAAUAUUUUCAAACUUGGAAAAUAACAGAUAUCUGUCCUAAAUUAAAGGACCCAAAUCAAUUAUGGUCCCGAUGGUACAGUUCCUUUGAUCCACCGAUGCUUUGUCCAUUAGAUAAAGUACAUUAUAAAAUAAAAAAUGCCACUAUUGACAUUGGCUUAGGAACACUGUUGUAUCCACAAGCAACUGAUUACCAAUGGAAAGUAGUUCAAAAUAUGUAUGCUGAUGAUGACAUAUUAGUUGGUAGUUACUCGAUGCAUGUGUCAUUUUUUGGUUACAGAAAAAGAAUCAAAUAUACUUUUAAACCAUAAUUUGUUAUUUGAUUAAGAUAUUGUAUAUCUAUUCAGAUAUGAUUUCAGUUUGUUAUCAUUUUCUAAUAAUUAAUUUUAGUUUAUAUAUGUAACUUUGAAUUGACGUAUUGCACAAACUUAGUAAAAUCAA